CAGGAGUCUCUCUCCGUCUAUAAAUACGGGCGGGCGGAGCGGCGCGUUUCUCCUGCCCGGCUCGGGACAGCUGCGGGACUCGGGGCUGAUUCACACCGGACAGCGACAGCGAUGGAGCGCCGCCGUGUCUCACACGGGGUGGAGGGGAGCAUCUUUCAGGGGUUUUCAGAGAGUUUUGAUGGAGCAAUGUUCGUUACGUCCGCAAAUUAGCACCUCGGUCUCUCCGGGGUCUCUCAGCUCUGUGGACUAGUAUCGGAAUCCAUCCUCUUCGGGACCGUGAGCGACUGUUUCUUGAAAGGAUUGGUCUCGUACCGGAAACUUUUUUUUGUGUGUGUUUUUUUUUUCCUUCAAAUUUAUCAUCCAAAAUUAAAAACACACCCGACUUGCUGCUUCUGUGCGAACUUGCGCGGAUCACGCCUCGUCCUCGCACCGGCGAAUUUUCCCACCUCCCCUUUCCCAGCGCGGAAUGCCGCCGUCCCGAAAUUAAAUUAGUUCUGGAGAUCCAAAAUGCGUCUUGUGGGUUUCACCACGGGCUAGGCUCGGGCAACGCCAGGCUGCUGAGGAGCCGUCUCGAUUAGCUCUCCUGGUUUGCGAUUUGACCUUUCCGCCGCAGAAAGGGGAUUUCAGCUCGGGACUGCGUGGCGCGCCCCCCCCCGGACGGACAAUGUUCCCCCUGCCCAUGUUCACGCCGGAGCAGGUCGCCCGGGUGUGCGAGAACCUGGAGGAGACGGGAGACAUCGAGCGCCUGGCCCGCUUCCUGUGGUCCCUGCCGGCCGCCGUGCCGGGCUCGGCGGGCGAGGCGCUGAGCCGGCACGAGUCCGUGGUGCGGGCCCGCGCCCUGGUCGCGUUCCACGGCGGGAACUUCGAGGCGCUGUACCGCAUCCUGCAGACGCACCGCUUCACCCGCCAGUCCCACGCCCGGCUGCAGGCGCUGUGGCUGGACGCGCACUACCGCGAGGCCGAGCGCCUGCGGGGGCGCCCCCUGGGGCCCGUGGAGAAGUACCGCAUCCGCAAGAAGUUCCCCCUGCCUCGCACCAUCUGGGACGGCGAGCAGAAAACCCACUGCUUCAAGGAGCGGACUCGCAGUCUGCUGAGGGAGUGGUACCUGCAGGACCCCUAUCCCAACCCCUCCCGCAAGCGCCACCUGGCCCAGGCCACGGGCCUCACCCCCACUCAGGUGGGCAACUGGUUCAAGAACCGGCGCCAGAGGGACCGGGCCGCCUCCGCCAAGAACAGGUGAGCUCACCCGGGGGGUCGCCCUGAGCCAGGGGUCUCCCACACGGGCUCAGGUCACCCUGGGCCACCAGGGUGACCCCUGGAGCUUACUCAUCAAUGAAACAGGUGAUUGGUUCAGCUGAGGGGGCUGGGGGCUCACCAGAACUGGGUCAGAAGAGUCCUGGGCCGGCCAGAUAGCUGGGCCGCACCCCCUGGUGUCCACGGCCACCAGCCCUGAUGCCACCGUGCU